CUUGGCUUCGCCCCAAUUCCCCAGCAGGCAAACAAGAAGAUCCAUAAUUCCUCGAGCAUUUCAACACACUCACCAAAGCUAACCUAUUCUUUUUGUUUGUUUUUUCUUUCAAUCAUUUAGGCUCUUUAUAGUCUAAAGAAAGAAUGGUGGCCAUAUCCAAGAUUGCAACCGGCAAUGGUCAUGGUGAAAACUCUCCUUAUUUUGAUGGAUGGAAGGCUUACGAGACCAACCCUUUUCACCCCACGGAAAGACCUGAUGGGGUCAUUCAGAUGGGUCUAGCUGAGAAUCAGCUUUGCUUUAACUUCAAAAAGUGGAUAAUGCAACACCCAGAAGCCUCCCUCUGCAGUGCUGAAGGUGUUAACAAAUUCAAGGAGACGGCUCUUUUCCAGGACUAUCAUGGGAUGCCUGAGUUCAGACAGGCUGUUGCAAAAUUUAUGGGGAAAGUGAGGGGAGAUAGAGUAAAAUUUGACCCAGACCGGAUUGUUAUGAGUGGUGGGGCAACCGGAGCUCAUGAGAUGGUUGCCUUUUGCUUGGCUGAUCCUGGUGAAGCAUUUCUGGUUCCCACUCCUUAUUAUCCAGGAUUUGACCGUGACUUGAGGUGGAGAACAGGGGUUGAACUUGUUCCGGUCUUUUGUGAGAGUUCGAACAAUUUCAAGAUCACUAGGAAUGCCUUGGAAAUUGCAUAUGAAAAGGCAAAAGAAGCUAACCUGAGAGUCAAGGGUUUACUCAUAACCAAUCCAUCAAAUCCCUUGGGAACCAUCUUGGAUCGAGAGACAUUAAAGAGUGUUGUGAAGUUCAUAAAUGAAAAGAAUAUACACUUGAUUGGUGAUGAGAUAUAUGCUGCCACAGUUUUCAUGGAGCCCGAGUUCGUUAGUAUUUCAGAGAUUAUUGAGGAAGUCGAGUGUAAUCGUGAUCUAAUCCACAUUGUGUAUAGUCUUUCCAAGGACAUGGGGUUCCCUGGUUUCAGAGUCGGCAUUGUGUACUCGUACAAUGAUGCAGUGGUGAGCUGUGCUCGGAAAAUGUCCAGCUUCGGUCUGGUUUCCUCACAAACGCAGCAUUUAAUCGUGUCGAUGCUAUCUGAUGACGAUUUUGUUGAUAGUUUUAUUGUGGAAAGCAAAGAGCAAUUAUUCAAAAGGCACAAGUAUUUCACUUGGAGUCUUUCUCAAGUCGGUAUUGGUUCUUUGAAGAGCAAUGCCGGGCUGUUCAUAUGGAUGGAUCUGCGUAAACUCCUGAAAGAGAAGACAUUCGAAGCCGAAAUGGAUCUGUGGAAGGUGAUAAUCAACGAAGUUAAGCUCAACGUUUCCCCCGGUUCUUCUUUCCAUUGCAAUGAGCCUGGUUGGUUCAGGGUAUGCUUUGCUAACAUGGAUGACCACACCAUGGAAGUUGCUUUGUUGAGAAUCAGAACCUUCAUGUUUAAGCAGAAUGAGGCCAUGGUUCCACGUAAACUAUGCACACGAAGCAGCCUUAAACUCAGCUUUUCUCGAAGAAGGGAUGAUUUCAUGUCACCAAGCAUCAUGUCACCUCACUCACCCUUACCUCAAUCGCCACUCGUCCUAGCCAGGACUUAAGCAGGAUCAACUCAGAUUUUUCACCAUAUUAUACAGCAUCUAAAUGAAACCUUUCAACAAUUGUAUUUUUUAGGGUCUUUUCCCGCGUGCAAAAAUGCGAGGGGAAAGCUCAACACUGGUGGCACUGCUCAUGCACACAUAUACUAUUCUUGCUUACUUUUCUAUUGUUUAUAUGAAAUACUAAGAAAAAAUAAAUGUCGAGUUGCGAAUUUAUAAGGGUGAUGGAAUUUGCUUU